GUACGGCGCGAUGGCGGCGGUGUGGCCGGAGGUGGCGGCGGCGGCGCGGGAGCGGCGGAGGGAGCUGACGCUGCAGGGAGCGGCGGUGGCCGAGCGGGUGGCGGCGGGCGGCGGGCGGCUGCCGGCCGAGCUGCUGGCGCUGCCGCUGCUGCAGUCGCUGCAGCUGAGCGGCUGCGCGGCGCUGAGGGAGCUCGGCCCGGGGCUGGCGGCCGCGCUGCCCGCGCUGCACACGCUGGUGCUGAGCGGUAACGCGCUGGGCCCCGCCGGGCUGGGCGCGGGGCUGGGCGGGCCGCUGCCGGCCCUCCGCCUGCUCGACCUGUCCGGGAACGGGCUGGAGGCGCUGCCCGCCGCGCUGGGCGGCGCGGGGCCGCCGGAGGAGGAGGGCGGGGAGCCCGCGGCCUUCCCGCAGCUGCGCAGCCUCAACCUGAGCGGGAACCGCCUGCGGGAGCUCGGCCCGGGGCUGGCGAGGGCCGCGCCGCAGCUGCAGGAGCUGCUGCUGUCCGGGAAUCGGCUCCGCGCGCUGCCCGGGGCGCUGCUGCCGCCCGCCGACGCCGCGCCGUUCCCGCUGCUCAGCCGGCUGGAGGCGGCCGACAACGAAGUGGAGGAGCUGAGCCCGGACAUCGCCGCGCUGCCCGCCCUGAAGAGUCUGGACGUGGCCAACAACCGGCUGAGCGCGCUGCCCGCCGCCUUGGCCGACUGCCCCCGCCUGAAGGACGCCAACCUGCGCGGCAAUCCGCUGCGCGACCGCCGCCUCGAGAAGAUGGUGAACGGCUGCCAGACGCGGGCCGUGCUGGAAUACCUGCGCUCCAAGGGCCGCGCCGACGGCGGCCGCGAAGAGACCCGCAGGAGGAAACGGGAGAAGCCGCAGAAGAAGGACGGCGGGGACGGGGAGCGCGACGAGGCGGAGGCCGUCGGGAAGCUGCUGCUGAAGGUCCUCCACGUGGGCGACGGCCCCGCGCCGAUGGUGGUCCGGGCGAGCCCGGGCGUCAGGGACGUGCGGCCCUACAUCGUGUGCUGCGUGCUCAGAGGAGUGCAGCUGCGGCCGGGGAACGCCCUGCGGAGGUUCCUGAGCGCUCAGACCAAACUGCAUGAAGAUAUAUGUGAGAAACGGACAGCGGCCACGAUUGCCACCCACGACCUGCAGCUGGUCAAAGGGCCCCUGACGUACGGCGUGCAGCCUCCCGCUGAGCUGAAGAUAACGCCCCUGGGCCGAAAGGAGAUCAGAGCAAAGGAUCUCCUCCGUCAGCUGCAGAUGGAAGCGGAGGAGCAGAGGAAACAGAAGAAGCGUCAGAACGUUUCUGGACUGCACAGGUAUCUGCAGUUAUUGGAUGGCAAAGAUAACUACCCGUGUCUCGUGGAUGCUGAAGGUGUUGUGAUUUCUUUCCCACCAAUAACCAAUAGCGAGAAAACAAAGAUCAGGAAAACCACCCGGGAUCUGUUUCUGGAAGUGACGAGCGAUACGAGUUUACAGAUCUGCAAAGAUGUCAUGGAUGCUCUCAUUCUGAAAAUAGCAGAACUGAACAGAUUCACCCUGGAAAACAAGGAGGAAGGCUCGGGCUCAGAUGAUGAAUCGGACGCUCUUUGUGGACCAGUGAAUGUGAACCCCAACCAGAACACGCAGCAGCCGCUGGUGGUGGAGCAGGUUCGAGUGGUGGACAUGGAUGGAAACCUGAAAGUGCUUUAUCCUUCAAAAACUGACCUGGCCACAGUGUCCUCCCUGCUGACAGUAAUACGCUAACUGCUAUCAAAGAUGAGAAAAUCACUCUGUUUUCUUUUUCUGCUUUCCAUAUUCAAGAAUGCAACUUGUACGCAGUGAGGGUGUCUUAAAGAAAAGAUGCAGUGAACCCUGCCUGGCUAUGUAGAACACCUACAGUCUGAUCAAGUCCUGGCAGGGAGGGUUGCAUUCUCUCUCAGCCUUAGGAGAAAGUCAGCGGCAUCUGCCAAUGCAAACUUAAAAGCAGGGAGGAUAUUCCAAGUCAGAAUCCACCAGCUUGGAAGAGAAUCAUUAUGAUAUUUUAGUUUAUAAAACAAAUGCAGUCGUAUUUCUCUGCAAGGUUACUGUUCCUUCCUGGUGCUUCAGCUGCAUUAUCAUCUUAAUAGCUGAACUGAGACAUCCAGUAGGUGACAGCACUGGUGCUGUUAUGUGCUGUAUGCCAGUGCUGAAGACAGGAUGCAGAAGUGCUCAGAACAUCUCAUUUUGCAUAAUUUCAUAUCUGGGGUACCCAUAAAACUGACAAUUCUGUGUAUUUUAAAUAUUUUAAACCUUAAUGCUGCCAGAAUCUGAGCAGUGUAUAGCACAGCUUUCAUUUUUAAGUGAAGUCAGUAGAACUGACUGCAGGGGUUUGCGUUUCCCAGUGCAUUGUAGAGCCACGCUCCAUCCUUGUGGAAGCACCAGUUGUGAAUUUAUUGUGUACCCACUGAGUUAACUGCUGGUCGAGCACUGAAUUUGUUCUUGCUUGUGAAACUGAGCCCCAUUCAGAGGGCUAUUGCUAUGUCAACACUGCUCCCCAGAACGUAAACCCUCCUGUCGGAGGUGACCCCACUUCUACGCUCCAGUUUGGUGAGCGUUGGGCACACUGUCCAACAUGCAGAUAGUUGGAGUGGUUUGGGUUUUUGCAGUCUGGGUGAUGCUUGCAGCCGGGCUGUUGUCUGAAUGUAAACCUCUCCAUCCAUAAGCUAGGGCGAUCAGAGUUCUUGUUCUAACUGAGCUCUAUAGAUAGCACAUCAAAUACGGCCACGCGUUGCGUACUGAAUGGAGAAAUAAAAUGGGUCUUGCAGUCA